GCGAGGGAGAGAGAGAGAAACAGGGGGAAACUCCCGGAAAUUUCCCUCCAUGAUCGUCCCCCACGCAAGCAAACAGACAAGGGCAAGAGAUUAUCAGCAGCGGAGAAACGCAAGGUGGGGGCGAAGCAAAACGAAGGAGCAUCAUCUUGCUCUUUUUUGCUCAUCCGUGGUGCUUGUUUUGCAACCUCAUUGGGUCGCUUCUGGUCAGGGUCUCCCGAUUAGGGUUUUCUGAUUUUCCGCUCGGUCGAUCUAAUCUAAUUAUUGGUUCGAAAGUAUGCAAGAUUUCUGAAUCUAUGGACGGUUCUCUGGGGGAUUGGUUGGUCGUUCUUGGAAUUUGAUGUGACGGAUUGUUUUUUGCGGCGCCUGGUUUGAAGUUUCCCAUUUCUGGGUCCUAGAGCUUCGGAUAUGGCGCCGAGGAAUCAGAAGAAUUCGAACGUUCGGUCGGUUAUCAGUUCUUUAUGUGCCCUGCUGUUCGUCUACUCGUUGUACAAUCCAGAUUUUUUUGUUCGUGAAAACCUUGUUGCUCGUUCUCCUGAAUGGACUUUGGCGAUGGGCAACUACCCGGAUUUGAAGAGGAACCCGUUCACUGGUCGUGUUCUCAUGGAAAAAUCGGCAACGGAUUUUGUGGGAUCGGGGGUUAAUUCCUCGAGCGUGGUGGUGGAUGAUAGUUUGGGCACGAAGAAGAAUGUUACGAUAGAGAAACCAUCGGUUUGCCCGGGAUUGAAGGAACACCAUGGAUAUGCUAAUCCUUGUGAGUUCUUACGCUCGCAUUCGCAUUGUGCAUCGGGUGGGUUCUUCGAUUACUUGACGUUCUUCUACUGUAAGUGCGACGGGGCUCGUCCUCUUGGUUACAUGUUUCUGGGCGUCUGGCUUCUUGCCCUUUUAUAUAUGCUUGGAAAUACGGCAGCGGACUACUUCUGCUGUUGCUUAGAGAAGCUCUCAAACCUCUUGAAUCUGCCUCCAACUGUUGCGGGCGUUUCUCUUCUUCCUCUUGGCAAUGGCGCACCGGAUGUGUUUGCCAGUAUUGCUGCAUUUGUGGGCUCAGGUCCCGACGACGUGGGGCUUAAUAGCGUGCUGGGAGGUGCCGUUUUCGUUACUUGUGUUGUUGCCGGUGCUGUAUCACUCUGUGUUUCUGGAUACGAGCCUCAGAUUGACCGUAGGUGUUUUAUCAGGGACGUCUGCUUCUUCCUUGUUACUCUUGUUUCUCUUGGCCUAAUUUUGAUCGUUGGUGAAGUUAGUGUCUGGGGAGCUGUGGCAUUUGUUUCUAUAUAUUUGGUGUAUGCAUUUGUGGUUGCUGCCAAUGAGUUGCUGAGAAAGCAUGCUAGAAAACUUCAUUUAGACGCGGUGAUGCCCUUGCUUCCCGUGAGAGGAAGUGUAUUUUCUCAGAGGGCCGAAGACGAUGACUCUAUCUUUAGUCCAUUGUUGGAUGUGGAAACACUUGGGGACGGUUCCAAUGAUGUGGCUCAUCUGUAUACUACAUUGCCCCAAUGGAUGUGGGCAUCAAAUGUUGCCAUAUACUCAAAUCAGUCACUGAAAAUGGUCGUAGAUGAAAAGAGAUCCUUAUGGGAUUCAAGCGAAGAGGAUGAAUUGAAUUGUUCUUUGUUUUCGUGCUUGAAAAUUUUCUUCCUUGUUUUAGAUCUUCCUUUGUCAUUGCCAAGACGGUUGACAAUACCCAUUCUUGAGGAUAGCAGAUGGUCUAAAGGGUAUGCUGUUGCAAGUGCUACCUUAGCUCCUCUCCUGCUAGCUGUUCUCUAUAAUACACAGGAUAAGAGGACAUUAUCAGUUAGUCUGGCUGUCUAUGUUACAGGUGCCAUCGUCGGCAUAAGUCUUGGGACCCUUGCAUAUUAUUUCACAAGUUCAGAACAACCUCCCCGGAGGUUCUUAUUUCCAUGGGUCUCAGGAGGAUUUGUUAUGAGUAUCAUAUGGUUCUACAUUAUUGCUAAUGAACUUGUAGCUCUCUUAGUUGCGGUGGGUGAAAUACUUGGAAUCAGUCCCUCAAUUCUUGGAUUGACUGUAUUGGCAUGGGGAAACUCGAUCGGUGAUUUGAUGUCAAACGUGGCUUUGUCUCUGAAUGGUGGGGAUGGUGUCCAAAUCGCAUUCUCAGGUUGUUACGCUGGACCAAUGUUCAAUACUCUUAUUGGUUUAGGGGUUUCCAUGUUGCUUGGAGCCUGGUCAGCUAGGCCCCGAGCAUUUAUAGUUCCAAGAGACGGCAGCCUGAUUUACACCAUGGCUUUUCUUUUUUCUGGACUCAUCUGGGCUCUCAUAGUUUUACCCAAGAAUGAUAUGCGUCCAAGCAAGCUGUUAGGAGUUGGAUUGGUCAUCCUAUAUUUGAUUUUUCUUUCUGUGAGAGUGGGUAAUGCAAUGGGACUCAUAUCAUUAGCUGGUUUACAAUGACAUUGUGUGACGUAUGGGAGUUCAUCACAUAUUCUAGUUACUGACUGACAUUAAUGCAAAAGAAGCUCCACCGAAUCUCUUAGUGCAGAUGAUGGUGAUCUUGCAGCCCACAGUUUGGCCUUGCAGCUCAUGCUCUGGUCUUCUAUAACCUAAAUCAUGGCACUUUGUCUGGCAUGCUUAUGUUCUUCAAGCAGUUCUUCCACCUCUUUGGUAUUCUCCUGGAUCUAGCGAAGCUAACAUGGAAGAAAUAUAUACAUCAGAAAAGAAUGUGCAAUUUGUACAUGGAUACUUUCACAUGAUCUAAGCAGUUUUGAUAAUUCUAGUUGCACAAAUUCAAAGUUGAAGUGAAAUUUAGUUUCUAUUUCCGGUACUUGGAGGGUUUCCAUUUCCUUCAAGUUCCUUUAUUCCAUGUAUAGAAACAACCGUCAUGCAUUUUUUUCCAGACAGCUUGGCUGUAGCAAAACUGUUAGCCUGCUCUCUGUUGUCAGAUGUCAAAAACUUGCAAUAAAGAUGUUGUGGCAUGGUCCUGUGUUGGCAUAAGGAGUUCGUACUUUGCAAAGGGACGUUUUUGGUUGGUGCUUCCAUGCCAUUCUAUUGAUAAUUUGUUACGCACUUUUCUUGGAUGUAUGUAGGCUCUCUGUGGAUUAGCUAUCUAUACUCCGUUGCAAUUUCAGGCUUGAAAAUUGAAGCAUCAAUAUGUAUAUGCUUAGAGUGUCUUGUCCUUUUUCGUUUUUAAACAUGUAUUCUAUAUUGGACAAUGCGUUAAGGCUUUGAAGAUGCAGUAUCUACUCAACAGCCACUUUCACUA